UAAAAACUGAGCAGUACAACCUCCAUGAAGGGAAGAUGAGGAAAGGUCUAUCACAGGAACACAUUGGACGCUUUACAGUCGAAGGUGAGCUCCACGGAGAGAAGAUGUCGGGUCAGACUCUGACGGACCGCAUCGCCGCGGCGCAGUACAGCCUGACGGGGUCCGAUGUGUCCCGAGCUGUGUGCAAAGCCACCACACAUGAGCAGACGGCUCCAAAGAAAAAGCACAUGGAAUUCCUGAUCCAGGCCACCCAGGAGACCAAUGUGAACGUCCCCCAGAUGGCCGACACGCUGAUGGAGAGGGCCGGCAAUGCCAGUUGGGUGGUGGUUUUCAAAGCACUGAUCACCACACACCACCUCAUGGUGCAUGGCAAUGAGAGAUUCCUGCAGUUCCUGGCAUCUCGAAACACUCUGUUCAACCUCAGCAACUUCCUGGACAAAACUGGCUCCCAUGGCUAUGAUAUGUCCACGUUCAUCAGACGCUACAGCCGCUAUCUGAACGAGAAGGCCUUUGCCUACAGACAGAUGUCUUUUGACUUUGGCCGAGUCAAGAAAGGAGCUGAUGGAGCGAUGAGGACCAUGACAGUAGAGAAGCUGUUGAAAGGAAUGCCAACCCUUCAGAGCCAGAUCGACGCGCUGCUGGAUUUUGAAGUUAAUCCACAAGAGUUAAACAACGGAGUGAUAAAUGCCUGCUUUCUCCUGCUCUUCAAAGAUCUCAUCAAGUUGUACGCCUGCUACAAUGAUGGCAUCAUUAACCUCCUAGAAAAAUUCUUUGCGAUGAAGAGAAGCCAGUGUAAAGACGGGCUGGAGAUCUACAAAAGAUUCCUGACACGAAUGACCCGGGUUUCAGAAUUCUUCAAAAUUGCUGAGCAAGUGGGAAUAGACAAAAAUGACAUACCUGAACUCACUCAGGCACCAGAGAGCCUGCUGGAGUCCCUGGAGACCCAUCUGAACACGCUGGAGGGGAAGAAGCCAGAGGAUAAGUCUCCAACUAAGCAGGAUGUGACAGCCAACAACAGCACGCCGGCUGCUAGUGCUGCGCCGGCAAAACCACCCCCUCCUGGUGCCGCCGGCGGGCCCCCUGCACGCCCUGGGCCUCCUGCCAAACCUCCCCCACCCUCUGUCACCCCCACUGCACCGAGCCGCGGCACUGCCAUCGCUGCGAGCAAUGCCCUCGAUGAUGGCUUCUUGUUGGACUUAGACCCCAUGUCCUCCUCAUCAGCAGGAGCCGCUCUCACGACUUCUGGAUGGGGAGAUCUCUUGGCUGAGGGAGACGGUCCUGCUGCCGUGGCCGCGGGUCCCGUUGCUGAUGCAUUUGGUGGAUCUGACCCUUUUGCUACGACGGAGGGGAGUGGGGACAUUGCUCCUGAGAUGGACCUGUUCGCUAUGAAGCCCACCAGCACAGGGGCCACCGCUGUCACCCCUCCCCCCUCUAGUGAGGCGCCGACCAUCAUCGCCCCCAUCGCUCCCCCCGCUGACCCCACCCCUUCUUCCACCACCACCACCACAACCACAACUGACACCACCACCACAGAGUCUGCAGCCGCCCCGACUCUAGAUCUCUUUGGUGAUAUGCUUGAUAAGCCUGAGCAAAGCCCUACCACAGAAUCCAAAGCUGCUACCACUCCUAGCGUAGACCUUUUUGGUUCAGACUCAUUUACAUCUCCAGCUCCUGCAGCUCCUGCUGCUCCUGCACCAGUCGCUGCCCCUGCUGCAGCUCCUGUCCCAGAGGCCUCCUCCCCACCCAAAGUAGAGCCGGCACCUGUCAUCGACCUGCUGGAUUCUUUUAGCGAUCCUGCAGAGGAGAUACAGACCUCUGCUCCUGGAGGACCUGGAGACGACCUGCUUGGAGGCCUGAUGUCCCCCACCCUGGCUCCCACCGCUGCUCCAGCUCUGGCUCCCGCCUUUGCUCUAGCUCCGGUGCAAAAUGACCUGCUUGAGUCAGGAUUUGAUGCUCUGGGCUCCCUCCCCUCCCCAACUCCUCCGGUACCAGCAGCAGCACCAGAACCUGCAACCACCACACCAGCGCCCUCUGGUGGAUUUGAUGCUUCAAUGUUGGGUGGAUUAGGUGAUCUGCUGAUGCCAGCCGUAACACCCCAGAGCACCGGGGGAAGCACUGCUGGCAGCACAGCCGGAAGCAUGGGAACUCCUGUUGCAGCAGGAGGCAUGUCAGCCAUUCCUCCCGCCACACCACCCCCCACCAAAACCAUUGGAGGAGACCUUGACUCUUCUCUGGCCAACCUGAUAGGAGACCUUGGAGUGAAAAAAAAGGACCCGAUGAGUGAGAAGAAGCUCACAGGAGGUGCAAACUGGACACCACAUGUAGCUCCCACCAGCUGGGGAACACCCGGAGCCCCCAUGGCCGGGGCCGCCCCUGGAGCUCCUGGGGCACCUGUGGCUGCUGCACCUGUUGCAGCUAUGGUGCCACCAAUGAGUGCACAGCCUGGUUUUGGCAUGCCUCCAGCAGGAGGGCCUGGGGCUCCUGUGAUGCAGCCAAUGAUGGGGCCGCCUCUGAUGGGACAGCCCAUGAGACCAGUGAGACCUCCCUUCACUGGGGUGGCUGGAGCUGCACCCGGAGCUGCUGCACCAGGAGCACCGCUCUCUCCAGGACCUGCGAGCCAGAGUCCGAAGAAACCCAAGGACCCUUUGGCAGAACUCGACCUCAAGGACUUCUUAUAACGCCCCAGCUGCUUUCUUCUCUGGAGCAGAGCCCUUUCACCUUUUACCUGGUGUCUGGUAACACCUCAGGAUGCCAGCGAUGUUCAGCUACUCAACCUUACAAGAGCCUCUUUUAUCCUCCCCACCCAUCAACACCCCACCCGUCUCCUGUGUGAUGAUGUUGUAGCACAAACUGUGAAAGUGAACCAUAGCAGAUUAUAUAUCUAUGAGGAAAAAAUACAAGUGUGUGCUUAUGUAGAUGUACUAAUCUUUUGUCGAAAGAAAAUCACUCAAAACCCUGACAAAAAAUGACACAAACUAGGUGAGAGAAAGUGACGGCGUACGUGUUUAGAUUUCUUUUUUAGUGAUGAGUUGAAUGGAAGUGCUCUGGUGACCUAAGCCCCACCCACCAGCCGAUACAUGUUCCGCCUCUUUGUUAAGGGGGAGGAGCUCUGUUUGUUUAUCUGUGAUUGGAUGGGAGUGGUAUACAAAGCCCUGAUAGUUUUUCGACUAAAUAUGUCAUGUGUUGUUUACAGACAGGCCCUCUUUGAUGUACAUAGAUAACUCUGGCAAAGAUUAUGUCUCUAUUCUGUAUGUCUGUUGAGAAGAAAUAUUAAUGUGAAUCUGACAUGAAGUUGUAAGAAGUUGUGUGAGUAUCCCUCAAUCUUCUUUUGAAAGUGUUUGGAGACAAAACCGAACACCGCUACACGGUCAUUUUUCUGUAAACUAACUUCUAUGGGCUUCUGAAUCCCACCAGACCAGGAAGUGAUCCCUUUUAUUUGUUUCUUUUUUCGACUCACAGCUCAGUUUUCUAUGCUUCUUUUUGGUCUUUUGUCCGAUGUUAUCUAUCUGUAUGGUUUCUCCCUUAAAUCUGCUGUUGAUAUUUGCUGGCAAUGCUAUUAAAGGACAUAUCUUCAAACUUUCUUCCAUAAAAAACCCUUCAGUUAUGUAUCACAGAGGUAUACUCCAACGGUCCCUCAGUAUAACUGUACAAGUGUCUACCUGCAGUUCUGACACUUCCCACGUGGUUUUGUCUGUUGCCUGUGCUUUCAUUGUAAUUAUGACCAGGUCAGAAUGGUUCUUUCUGUAUUUAGAGUAAGCUUUUUUUUUUAUUGUUGUACCAAAUCCUGUGUUCAGACUGGUCAAACCAAAACUAAAAUGUCAUGAUGAUAUAAGGUUUAGCUUGAUGACUCAGAAUUCAAAGUUAAGAUCUGGAAAAUAUUAAAGGUACCCUGUACAGAUUUUUUUUUGUAAUCAAAGUUUUUUUACAUUCCCCUUUUUCUUACUAUUGAAGAUGUGAGUGUGUCCUCUAUUGAUUGCAACAUUAAACAUGAGAAGCUGAUUCGCUUUUACAAUGUUUACAAACAGGGGCCUGCUCGUCCUAACAUUGCAUCAUGACGCUGCUUUCUGUCAAAAACUCCACAGGGUACCUUUAAAUUCCAACCUAUUUCCAGUAGUGUUUGUCAGAAUGAGCAAAGAGACUCUGUUUACAUCUGCACUGAAGCUUCAACAAUGAUAUUUGAUGAGAUGAGUUCAUGUUUGCUGUCUGAACAUAUUUCUGUUCAAGUUGUUUAUUUGAUUGUAGCUGACCUUGUGAAUUGAACAGUAUACAUAUUGUAAGUGGCCACGUGGGAGUGAUGUGUACAUCGUGUAAAUCAACAGGAAGCCACAGUCCAUCUAACCAUGGUCUUGUUCCCAAAAUGCACCCUAACAGAAAGCCCCUCUGUUCCUCGAGACUUGCCAUGAAUUCAACAUGUUGAUAUGCAUUUGGACAGCUGUGUAACAACAGAGUCCCCAGUCCUGUGCUGUAAAUCAGACUACUGUAAAGUUUACUCUGUGUUGUCAUUUCUAUGGACUGAAAAGCAAUUUGUUGUGAGAAUAUGUUGUGAUUCAGAGAAAAAAAAGGGAGAUUAUUAACAUUUUUCAUGGCUGAAUUAUUAAAAUUGUAUUUUUGUUUAGUUGUAAAUUCAUUUUAUUUUUUGAUGACCCUCCCCAGUGCAUGUAAGCCCUUUGAGGUGCAAUAAAUUCAAUGAUGGAUUGAACUGC